AUGGGAAUUGAGUUGUCGGCAGAGACAAGAAGUGUUAACACAAAGCAGCAUCUGGGUGAACUUCCUUCAUUUGUUUCCCUCAUAAUGGAAAGAGUUUCUUUGUUUAAGAAACUUGAUUAUGAUGCAAAUAUAGAUUUGGACCAACUGACGGUUAAUGAGUACCCACUAGGUGUGGGCUUGUCCCCUCAUAUAGACACCCAUUCAGCAUUUGAGGGAUCAAUUUUCAGCCUCUCAUUAGCAGGGCCUUGCAUAAUGGAGUUCAGAAAGUAUCCAGAAGGUGGUUGGCUUUCAAAACCUGCCUCGAAUAGUGACAGGGAGGUUGAAGGUUCGGGCAGUGGCUCAAAUUUCUUGGGGAAGGCUAUUUAUCUUCCACCUCGAUCAAUGCUCUUGUUAUCUGGAGAGGCAAGAUAUGCCUGGCACCAUUACAUCCCACACCAUAAGGUUGAUGUUGUGAAGGACAGUGUGAUCAGGAGGGGGUCGAGAAGAGUAUCUUUCACAUUUCGCAAGGUCAGGAAAGAACCUUGUCAAUGUAGAUUUCCUCAAUACUGUGAUUCUCAGAGAUAA